GUUGAUAUUUCAGAUUUAUGACUGAUGCAGCUCGCCGUGAGCAGGAGUCUUUGAAGAAGAAAAUUCAGCCCAAACUUUCCUUGACCCUGUCCAGCUCAGUGUCUCGAGGGAAUGUGUCCACUCCACCUCGCCACAGCAGUGGAAGCCUUACCCCACCCGUUACCCCUCCCAUCACCCCCUCCUCUUCCUUUCGCAGUAGCACACCAACAGGCAGCGAAUACGACGAGGAGGAGGCGGAUUAUGAGGAAUCCGACAGCGACGAGUCAUGGACCACGGAGAGCGCCAUCAGCUCCGAGGCCAUCCUCAGCUCCAUGUGCAUGAACGGAGGGGACGAGAAGCCUUUUGCCUGCCCCGUCCCUGGAUGCAAAAAAAGAUACAAGAAUGUCAAUGGCAUCAAGUACCAUGCCAAGAACGGCCACCGAACACAGAUCCGUGUCCGUAAGCCAUUCAAAUGCCGUUGCGGGAAGAGCUACAAGACCGCUCAGGGCCUGCGGCACCACACCAUCAAUUUCCACCCCCCCGUGUCUGCGGAGAUUAUCAGGAAGAUGCAGCAAUAACCCGCUGGUCCCAGCUGUGCCAAGAAAUCCUCACCAGCAGUUGCUGAUUUUUGAAAACAGCCACCUUUGUCAAGGGAAGCGUUCAGCAACCCUUUAAAAGAAGAGUUAAAUGCAUGCUUUAAAUUUUUUUCUGUAAUUUUGGAAUGUUACCUUUGUAGAGUUAAUGAUUUUGUACAUUUGCACAUGUAAUCAACCAUACCCACCAUUUUCAUUACUUUGAUAUAAGGUGCUAAAACAGACAAAAGCUCUAGGCUCUUCAGAAUAUCUUCCCCAAAACAAAAUAAAAAUGAGGGCAUGUGGCAAAUAGGUUUAAUGGUACUGCAGGGUUACCAGCUUGGGGGGAAGCCUGGCACUGAGCUUAUUUCAAGAUUGUAAUGUGAUUGAAAUUUCUCAAUACGUCAACUCACACGUGUGCAAAACCAAGACACCACCACUGUUGUCAAGCCGGUUAACAUGCCUUACCUAGGGGAGCUCGGACCCAUGGCUAGCCAGGCAUUAGGUAUCGGAAAUAUAAAUAAGAAAGAAUGUUUAACAUAAUAUGCUAAAAAUAUUUUCAUACUUAAAUAACAUACAUAAAGAGGUGUGCUUUCUGUGUUUUAUAUUUUCUUGCAAAUCUUUUUUUCCCCUUUGAAAUGCUGAAGAUCUUGCCAUGUGACUGAGCAAACAAUCAUUUUAAUGUUAGAAAUGACUUUUUAUGAGGUGUAUUCCAUUCCUUCAUCCAUCCACCCAUCCAUCGAGUGCCUACCAAGUGCAAGGCAUGGUGCUGGAUGCUCAAUUCAUGCCCAUCAGAUAUUUGAGGACCAAGAUCCACUGAAGUAUUUCCCCUAAAAUCUGUUUGGAAACACUUUGAAAUACUUAAGAGUGCAAAUUGUGUGUGUGAAACUUAGCUCUCUCUUCAUCCUCAGAUGAAGUCUUAAAGCACUUUGUAGUUCUCCAUUGCCAACAGAUUUGAUGUUUUAUGUGUUGCCAAUUCUUGCAACUCCUGCCCUAUCGUGCCUGUGGCAGCAAAUCAAGAUGAAAGCUCUAAGCAUGUUUCAGGGGGAGACCCUCCAGGCUGGUAUUUGUGAGACUUUGGGGAGGGAAACGUUUCGCCUCACGCUCUAGGUGUCUGCAUUCCAAUCGGAACUCUGUUUAGCUUUAGAAUUCACUUUUCCGAAAUAAGACAUUGAGCCUUACUGACAUGAAGUGCUUCUGGCAACAGGUGGUCAAAGCGAAGGGCGAGCGAGGUGGCCCAUGUAGCAUUCACUUUUAUCGGGACCAUUCCUGAGCUUUUCCUCAGGAACAGGACCAUCAUGCCUCGAGGGUUCUUUUCUCCCAAGUGCUAUUCUUGAAACAUGAGUUUACCAGUUGCCUAAUUAUGCAAUAAAAAUUGCUCUGAGACGGCCAACUUCCCACAAAACAAAUUGGUAAAAAGCGAGUUGGGGCUGCUUAUGACAGUGCUCUCCCCCUGUGGCCUGUGCACGUGCGAUGAAAGGUCUUCGACACAGCUGGGAAGCAGGUGGCCCUUUUUUUUUCCAGGACACUUACCAAACUUGGAAAGGAUGACAAUUAUCUGUUAGCCAGAUGUGCAAACAUCUACUUUCAUCAGCCUUGGAUCCUUCCUAAUGAGGGGUUUUUAAGUGCUUAUAAAGAAAACGCCCUCUCACACUUCCCUCAGAUCUCUGAAGGCACGAUCGUGGUUCUGAACACACAGUGCUACCAUUUAGGUUUCAAAGACGCCCCAGACUGAAGAAGCGCCGAGUUGGUGCCUGGCAGGGCCCCCUUGGGCUCUGGGCAGUCAACCACGCCACGCUCCUUCCUGGGCCAGGGUCUGCAGGCUGCAUCAGUUAACUCAGCAGCUAAACAGUCAUACAAUAAAAUCAUCAUGCAUGGGACUUCCUUUCAGUUACGAAAUCAAUUCCAGCUUCUAAUUACCUAUUCCUUGUGACAGUAUUACUAAACAGGUAAGGACGGGACUAUUUUGUUAUACCGCGUAUAGUGAAUGUAUUGUACUGUGUCUGUGAAAACUGUGCUUUAAAUUAUAUUUUCAUAUGUUUUGUUGGGGGGAAAGAACAUUUAAGUUUGAAAGUGACAGAGGUUUGUUUGGACUGAAGGUGAUGUAUUGAUAUAGAAUUCCUGUUGAGAAAGCUGCUUACAAAUGUAAAUCAGAUCACAUUUAAAAUAAACUGCCUCUGACCCAAA